AUGAGGCGAAAUUCUUAUCAAAUAAAAAGCGCAAGUGGUAAACGACAAUCAAAUGUCCUGCCUGUUUUCGCCGUUGCACAACAACAGAAUGGUCGUCGCAUGAGUAUGUUCAUCAAUGCUCAACGUCGAUUAUCUCUCAUGUCGCAGAUAUCUGUGCCACACAAUGUUGAAUAUCGUCCACAACAACGGUUACCACCGAAUGGUCUCGAAUACCAGCAAAACAUUCUGCUGGCGAACAUAACAACAACAAUCAAAGAUAAUCCAAAAAAGUUUCAUGUUAAGUCAACUAAAAAAGCAAAUCCAUCCCAAAAUCGACCCUUAUCUCAUCGAUGUGGUGCUAUNAUCUUGAGUAAUGUAAAAUAA